CCAUAUUCCCGCACUCAUCAAGAUAAGAGAAGGAACGGGAGAUAAACAUGUCGAAGAAGGACGAGGUCGUAAUGCUGGACUUCUGGGGGAGCCCUUUUGCAACGAGGGUGAAGAUAGCACUGGAGGAGAAAGGCAUCGAGUUUGAGGCACGGGAAGAAAAGGACUUGUUAAGAAACAAGAGUGAGCUACUACUGCAAUGUAAUCCAAUCUACAAGAAGGUGCCCGUCUUGCUGCACAAUGGCAAGCCACUCUGCGAAUCCCUGGUCAUCCUUAGCUACAUCGAUGAGAUGUGGCCUUCACCACCAUUACUUCCCACGAGCCCUUAUGACCGAUCGGUGGCCAAGUUUUGGGCAGACUUCGUGGACAAGAAGGUGUUUGAUGGGGGAAAAGAGAUAUGGACAAGCAAAGGCGAUGCGUUAGAUGUGGCAAAGAAAGGGUUUGAAGAGUCUUUAAGGCUGUUGGAGGGAGCCCUCGGGGAGAGAGAAUUCUUUGGAGGGGAGAAAUUUGGGUUUGUGGACAUCGUCCUCAUUCCUCACACACCUUGGUUUUAUGCUUAUGAGCAAUUCGGGGGCUUCAAGGUAGAGGAUCAGUGCCCCAAACUGAGUGCUUGGAUGAAGAGAUGCUUGGGAAGGGAAUCUGUUGCCAAAGUGCUUCCUGACCCGGCAAAGGUUCAUGAAUUGAUCUGCAUGUUCAGGAAGAUGAAUGGGAUUGAGUAGAUGACCUGCCGCGAUAAACUCGUUUGCGUUUCAUUUGUGUUGUGCUCAGGUGGUGGUGUUUCUUUUAAUAUGUUGUCUCUUUCCUUUUCUUCUCUCCUACAUGAGAAGAAAAGAGAAUAAAAGGUGUACCAGCGAUGGAUGUUAAUAAGAAAAUGGGACCAACAAUGUCCUUGCCGUUUUCAAGUAAUACGAUAAAAACAA